CACAAUCGCCACAAGCUGCCUUACCACCCGCAUCUCAGCCCAGAAUUCAUUCAAUGCUCUAUCACGCAGACCAGGCUGUCUGCCGGUUCCAUUCUUCUUUUCUUCCACACACGACCUUUCCUAAACCACCGACUUCAUUCAUAUGGUUUAGAUGAUUACAGGAGCGCGUUUAACUGAUUCAUCAACCCUGAAGCCUUCUCUGUCACGGUCGCGCACCCGAAAUACGUACCUACCUCGAUAGCCACCGAGACGAGACGACCCGACGAACCGAACACAGAAACACACGUCGAUACACAAUACACACCCCCGACAUCGAGACCACGGUCCCUUCCUAGCCUACCGCCUAAUCCUCCGCCUACACGCUCGUACCCCCAGCCGGCUCGGCACCUAGUCCACGAUGCAAGGGUUCAACAUGGGGCGGUACGUGCCGCCGGAGGUGGAGGGCACGACGAGCGGGAACAAGCUGCACGGGAAGAAGUUCGGCAGCGGCGGGGGGCAGACGGUGCGGUUCGAGAUGCCGUUCGCGGUGUGGUGCGGGGGGUGCGCGCAGCCGACGCUGAUCGGGCAGGGGGUGCGGUUCAACGCGGCGAAGCGGCGCGUGGGGCAGCACCACAGCACGCCGGUGUUCGCGUUCCGGAUGCGGCACGCGGCGUGCGGGGGCGCGAUCGAGAUCCGGACGGACCCGGCGCGGACGACGUACGUGGUGGCGGAGGGCGGCACGCGGCGCGACACCGGCGGCGCCGCCGACGAGCCCGCCGCUCUCGUGCCUGACGACGACGACCGCUUCCUCACCCCCGCCGAGCGCGACGCCCGCCGCGCCAGCGCCUUCGCCAAGCUCGAGAAGACCAUCGCCGACCGCGCCGCCCUCCAGCGCGCCCGCGUCCGCCUCGCCGACCUCGCCGCCGCCAGCGCCCGCGCCUGGGAGGACCCCUACGAGCGCAACCGCCGCCUGCGCGCCGCCUUCCGCGCCGGCCGCCGCGACCGCGACCGCGACGCCCGCGCCGACGCCGACCUGCGCGACCGCUUCGGCCUCGGCUUCGCCCUGCUGCCCGCCACGCCUGAGGACGCGCGGCGCGCCGCGCUCGUCGACUUCGGCCCCGCCGCGGCCGACGGCGGCGGCGGCGGCGGCGACGACGGGAAGGCCGCCCUGGCGAAGCCCCUGUUCGCCGUGGGCGCCGAGACCAGCCGCGAGGACGUCCGGGGCGCCGCCGAGAGCGGCGGUAGCAGCAGCAGCAGGGGCCACACGAAGGCCGGGGUGGAGGGACGCAGCGAGAGGGCCGCGGGCCCCAGGCCGCCGGCGGGCGCGAGGCGCGGCAUGCUCAAGUCCGAGGUCGCCGCGGCGCAGCUGCGCGAGCACCUGGUGUCGGAGAUCGUGGGCAACACGCGGGUGGCGCGGGACCCGUUCCUGUCGUCGCUGGACCGCGGCGCGGGCGCGGGCGGGGGCGAGAACGCCGGGCGGAUCCCGGGCAUCAAGAGGAAGCGGGUGGCGGCCGACGACGACCCCGGAUCCCCGGCGCAGGGGCGCGAUGGAUCCCCCGCCAAGGCGACGAGGGCCGCCCAGCCGGCCGCGCCGGCGGCCCUGGUCGAGUACGACUCGGACUGA